ACUGCGAGCAUUGUACACCAAAUAACUAAUAUACAAUACUACUCGAUUUAAAGCUAAUCAGUUCCAUAAAUUUAGUUUCGUGUACGUGAAAAAAAACAGUAAUAUNUAAUCACACAUCNCAGUUUUGUGUCUAUUAGAUAAAAUAAAAAAUUAUAUUUAUAUUACUUUCAAUUGUAAUAUAUAUAUAUAGUUUGUGCAUCCAAAAUAGUAUACAAAAAUCGAAUGCUACUAAAUGGUAAAAUGUUGAAGUUAGAAUAUGUGUCUCGUAAAGAAAUAUUGAAACAGCUAAAAGGUAACGAGCAACUGUUGGACGAAUUAUCGGAGAAACUACGAUUAUGGAUAAACCAGCACCCUCAUCUUCCUCAAAAUAUUUCCGAUCGACGAUUGAAGUAUUUCGUUUCUGCAACGAAGUUUGACUUUGAAAAAGCUAAGGAACGGUUGGAUUUGUAUUGCUCCAUUCGUAACUGGAUUCCUGAAAUUUUUGACGAUUUUGAUCCGUUAAGCGAUAGCAUAAUUCAAUUUCGUAAAUGCAUACAGUUCGUAUAUUUACCAAAGUUAACAUCAGAACAGUAUAGACUAUGUUUUGCGAGAAUAAUAAACAAAUACGCCGCAACAUAUGAUAUGUGGAUACUAAUAAAAUACAUUCUCAUGAUGUAUGAAAUGCCUAUGAAGGAAAAUAUAGUAGACACCUCCAUUAUUCUGGUUAUCGACUACAAAAAUCUACGCAUGUGUCAUGUAAAAAAAGUUACUCCUAUUGUAUUAAAACAGUUGGACGUCGUUUUGAGAGCAUAUUGUAUAAGAGUUAAACACAUUUAUAUGGUCAAUGCUCCUGCUUAUAGUGAAAUAAUGCUAAAAAUGAUAAGAACAGUAAUGAAAGCACCACUUAUUCAAAGAAUGUCUGUUUUUACAUCUGGAGUGGAAUCAUUGUAUGAAAANAUACCAAGAUCUUUUUUUCCAUCGGAUUAUGGUGGUGAUCAACCGUCAAUGGACACUUUAACAAAUAUGUGGUAUACAACUUUAGUUGAACGAAGAAAUUGGUUUCUGCGACAAAAAGAACUUAAAACCGAUGAAUCUCGUCGAUCUGAAUCUUCCAUAAUAAAUUCCAACGAUUUCUUCGGAAUUUCAGGAACAUUUCGGAAGUUAGAUAUUGAUUGAUACGAAAAAUACCAAGGUAUAAAAAACUGCACUAUCUAAAAAACACAAUAAAUAUAUGAUUUACCAGAGAAGAGAUAAUUUAAGAGAAGAACUUAAGUCACAUUUUUGUAAUUUAGUUGAGAGCGAUUUUUCAGAUCGAAACAUGCGUAUAUUUCUUUGUACGCUUAUAACAAUUUGUAUAUCUUAGAAUUUAUCAAAAAUGUCUCUUUCGCUUUGGAUAAUUAAAUAACUUAGUUUGAAUUACCAAAUAACAUCGAAAACAGAAAAUUGAAAAAAAAUGGACUUAUCAAGUUCUUACUAUUAUAUGGUAGAUAUCAAAUAGUCACUUUGUGCAAAGAAUUGUUUCGUUUGCAAAAGAGAGCAAAAAGCAUCACGAAUGACUAAAGAAAAUCGGAUUAUCACACAGUCUGUACCUACUUAUUUUCAAUUUUCAACAACCGAAGAAAGCGCUAGAAGUUGUCCUUAUCUCGCGCCAAUCCGCGAAGACUUACACCGGCUCUGCGGGUAUCGCAAAAUCUCUCUAAAUGGAAAUUCGCUGUAGCGAAGUUUCCUCGCUUUCCUAUAUGCCUCAACACGUUGUCCUCGGUAGACUGAUGAGCAUGCAUACGGAAACUAUUCCGCUUGCUGCUCGUCGGUGUGCAAAGAAAGGGAUCGAGAUAAUUCCUUGAGAAUUUCGCAUAUUGUUGCUCGAAUUAAAACACUCAUUUGUUAAAACGAUAUAAUACCGGAAAUAACUCAUGUGUCGUUUGCUGAUGAUGCUUUCAAGUACACAACGUUCUUCUCGACGCUCUUUAUAAAUCCUUGAGAUAAAUUAACAAUGCAUCUUAUAAAUAUCAGAUUUUUUGUACAUUAUGAUAAACAACUUCUUAUUCUUCAACAUAGUUGCAAUGUGAAACAAGAAUCAAGUUAUAAUUAUUA